GGGCUGCUUUGUCUGUAUCCUCACCACAUUUUCCCAGGAAACAACACUGAAGACGAAGAAGAAGAAAAACAAAUUCGGACUUAAUUUCUGGGUUCCUUCUGGUUUUAUCCAUCAGUUGUGAUUGGUCAUUUUUGAACAUUUCUCUCUCUGAAUAUACACACACAUAUAUAUAUAUAUGUAUGUAUAUCUGUUGAAUUGAAUGCUCUCAGAAUCGCGCCAGAUUGGAAGUGAUAUUGGCGGUCGAAGAUGCGUGGACAAUGUGGAAGGAGAUCGGAGAUAGAGAAUCGGGAAAACUUCGCCCUAAUUCUUUCACCAGUCGCAUCAAAUCGAAUCGAAUCGCUUCUCUCCAACUCUCUAAUCACAAAGAAAUCGUCUCUCCUCACCGAGGCUCCAUUAACUCUCUUCAGGUUGAUUUGACAGAGGGACGGUAUCUAUUAUCCGGUGCGUCGGAUGCAUCGGUUGCUGUUUAUGAUAUACAGCGUGCAACGGAAAAUGAUAGGUGUGGUUUGGUUUCGAAGCACAAGUCCAUAUUUGUGGUGGAUAAGCAACACCAAGACGGGCACAAAUAUGCCAUAUCUUCAGCCAUAUGGUACCCCAUUGACACUGGGCUGUUCAUCACAGGUUCAUAUGAUCAUUACAUCAAUGUUUGGGACACAAAUACCACACAGGUGGUAAUGAAUUUUAAAAUGCCUGGAAAGGUUUAUAGGACUGCUAUGUCUCCACUUGCGACAACUCAUAUGCUGGUUGCUGCUGGUACUGAAGAUGUUCAAGUUCGCCUUUGCGAUAUUGCUUCAGGGGCAUUUGCUCACACACUGUCUGGUCAUCGUGAUGGUGUAAUGACAGUGGAGUGGUCCACAUCUAGUGAGUGGGUUUUGAUAACUGGUGGAUGUGAUGGUGCGAUACGUUUUUGGGACAUAAGGCGCGCUGGAUGUUUUCGUGUUCUAGAUCAGUCCCAUUCUCAGCUUGGAAGACGUCCACCUUUCCUAGAACGCUCUGCCUUGAAUAAGGCUUCAACAUCGAAAUCCUUGUCGGCAGGCCAGAGUACAUCUGUAAAAGCCCGGGCACUACAAAAGAAAAUAGCCAUUGGCAACGGAUCAAAGCACAGAAGUGCCAGUAAUGUUAAUGGAUCUGUAAAGCAGAGGUUGCAUCCAGGGAUGUUGUCCAGUCGAGAUCGUGCCACAGCUCAUUAUGGUGCAGUUAUUGGAUUAAAAGUGACCGAAGAUGGCAUGUAUCUUUUGAGUGCAGGUUCUGAUUCGAGGUUAAGGUUGUGGGAUACUGAAUCUGGCUGCAACACACUAGUGAACUUUGAAACUGUGCGCCUGCAAACCAGCAAGCCAAUACAGCUAGCCAUAACUCAGGACUCUGCACUUGUAUUUGUUCCGUGCAUGACAGCAGUGAAAGCGUUUGAUGUAUGGUUGGGCAGAACUUUUCUGACAUUUCGUGGCCACUAUGAAUAUGUGAAUUGUUGUUGGUAUAGUUCUCUGGAUCAGGAAUUAUACACUGGUGGUAAUGAUAGGCAAAUUCUUGUCUGGUCCCCAUCCAAUUUGAUGUCUGAUGACUUUGAUGAAAUGGAUGAUUGGAGCAGAAAGGGGCAGGCUCCUGCACUGGAUCAAGAUAACUGGAGCGAUUGACAUUUACACAUUUCAGAAAUCAGUUCAACUUAACACAACCAAACAGGGAAAGUCAUAGUGUAAAGUUUUCCUUGGUACUUUCUUGUCCUUUUCUCCAGAUUUCCAUUGCAAAUGGAACUUUAGAGAGGGUAUGCAAAUUGGAUUCAUCAAGUCACGUGUUGGUCAGGCUUUUCGAGUAGGUGUGUCCGUGUUUCAGUUCCAUAUUCCCCUAGUUUGUCACAUAAUUUUUUAUUUUUUUAUUUUAUUUUUUAUUUUAUUUUUAAAUGGUGUCCACAUGAAGUGAAAUGCCUCUAAUUUUAUUUAUUUAUUUUAUUGCACAAUUUUUAUUUUGACUUAUCUACUAUGUGGUUUAUCAUCUUUAUAUCUAGCACUGCAAAAGAAUUUGAAUU